AUGGACGCCAUCAAGAAGAAGAUGCAGAUGCUUAAGCUAGACAAGGAGAAUGCCUUGGACAGAGCUGAGGGAGCUGAGGGAGACAAAAAGGCAGCGGAGGACAAGAGCAAACAGCUUGAGGAUGACCUGGUAGCGCUGCAGAAGAAGCUGAAGGGAACAGAGGAUGAGUUGGACAAGUACUCUGAGUCUCUUAAGGAUGCCCAGGAGAAACUUGAACUCGCUGAGAAGAAAGCCACAGACGCCGAGGCUGAUGUAGCUUCCCUGAACAGACGUAUCCAACUGGUUGAGGAGGAGUUGGAUCGUGCUCAGGAGCGUCUAGCCACAGCUCUGACCAAGCUGGAGGAGGCUGAGAAGGCUGCUGAUGAGAGUGAGAGAGGCAUGAAGGUGAUUGAAAACAGAGCAUCGAAGGAUGAGGAGAAGAUGGAGCUGCAGGAGAUCCAGCUGAAGGAGGCCAAGCACAUCGCUGAGGAGGCUGACAGGAAAUACGAGGAGGUCGCCCGUAAGCUGGUCAUCAUUGAGAGUGAUCUGGAACGUACAGAGGAGCGCGCUGAGCUCUCUGAAGGCAAAUGCGCUGAGCUUGAGGAAGAGUUGAAGACAGUCACAAACAACCUGAAGUCUCUUGAGGCUCAGGCAGAGAAGUACUCACAGAAGGAGGACAAGUAUGAGGAGGAGAUCAAGGUUCUCACAGACAAGCUAAAGGAGGCUGAGACCCGUGCUGAGUUCGCUGAGAGGUCCGUGGCCAAGCUUGAGAAGACCAUUGAUGAUCUGGAGGAUGAGUUGUAUGCACAGAAGCUGAAGUACAAGGCCAUCAGCGAGGAGCUGGACCACGCCCUCAACGACAUGACCUCCAUGUAA